AUGUGGCGCCCCAGCGGACUAUCAAGUGUUUUCCUGGCAGCAUGCCUUGGUUUGGCUCUUUUCGCCACGACCACAAACGCCGAAUUCGACUUCCCGGCGGCGAACCUGAGGUCUAUCCAACGCCAUCUCGUCCGCAUGGGCGAAUUUUUCCCCGUUAACCGGCCUGGAGAAGGUGACGAAGGCUUCGACGGAGCUCGCCCUGAGAAUCCGGAAGGUGGCGCGAUUUCGAAAUUUGCCUUUUCCAACAUGCCUUCUCUCCUCGGAGCUGUCUACCUGUUCUCUGCCGUCUGUUUCAUACUUUGUCUAAGAGGCCUUAGCACGCCCCAGACAGCCAAGCGCGGGAAUAUCCUUGGUCUUGUCGGCAUGGUUGCUGCCGUUGUUGUCACCUUCACAGAAGCAGGAUUCGGUCAACAUUACUUGCUCUUCUUUGCCACCGCUGCUCCAGCAGUUGGUCUGGGCUUAUAUAUAGCCCAGUCCGUUAAUAUGACCGAGAUGCCUCAACUUGUUGCGCUUUUCCACAGUUUCGUCGGUCUCGCUGCUGUGAUGGUUGGAUUUGCAAAUUUCCACUCUCCCGCUGGAGUCGAGCGAGCCUCUUCUCUCCUUCGCCUCUUGGAAGUUUACGCCGGAGUAUUUGUUGCUGGCAUCACCUUUACAGGAUCCGUUGUCGCUGCCGCCAAGCUCCAUGGAUCGAUGGAGAGCCGCUCACUUAGAGUUCCAGGUCGUCAUGCACUAAACUCUGCAACCAUCGCUGCCAUCGGCGUCCUUGGUGCACUUUUCUGCGUAUCUUCUGGUCACCUCACUCGCAUGCUUUGUCUCUAUGUCAACGCUGGUCUGAGCAUGUGGCUUGGCUUCCAUUUAGUCGCUGCCAUUGGCGGCGCUGACAUGCCUGUCGUGAUCAGCUUGUUGAACUCAUACUCUGGAGUGGCAUUAGCUGCCAGCGGUUUCAUGUUGGACAAUAACCUGCUUAUCAUCGCUGGUGCCCUCAUAGCUUCGUCUGGUGCCAUCCUGUCAUACAUCAUGUGCAGGGGCAUGAACCGAAGUCUCUGGAACGUUGUUCUUGGUGGCUUUGAGGAGGCAGAGGGAGUCGGUGCAGCUGCCCCACAGGGUGCUGUUCAGCAGACCACCGCUGAUGAGGUCGCUGAUGAGCUUCUGGCUGCCCGAAAGGUUCUUAUCGUACCUGGAUACGGAAUGGCAGUUGCAAGGUGCCAGAGCGAGCUCGCUGAUAUUGCGAAGAACCUGAUUAACUGUGGAAUUACUGUCGACUUCGGCAUCCACCCAGUGGCUGGCCGCAUGCCAGGACACAUGAACGUCCUGCUUGCGGAGGCUGAUGUACCUUACAAAAUUGUCAAAGAGAUGUCUGAGGUUAACCCAGAAAUCAGCUCUUACGAUGUUGUCCUUGUUGUUGGAGCUAACGAUACCGUCAAUCCUGCUGCACUGGAGCCAGGAUCAAAGAUAUCCGGAAUGCCUGUCAUUGAGGCAUGGAAGGCUAGACGCGUAUUCGUACUGAAGCGCUCCAUGGCAGCUGGAUAUGCCAGCAUUGAGAAUCCUCUGUUCCACCUGGAGAACACUCGCAUGCUCUUUGGAAAUGCCAAGAAUACAACUUCUGCUGUGUUCGCUCGUGUCAACGCGAAGGCAGAACAAAUGCCACCCUCCGCUGCUCGUGAUGACCUCGAAUCCGGUCUUCUUGAGUUCGAAAGAGAAGAGCGCGUUGAUCAAUCUUCUUGGCCUUAUCCCAGACUGGGUGUUGGUGUUCUCAAGGACACUAAUGGCUCAGUUAUGGUGCCCCUAGCCCCAAAGUUUGUUCCUAAGCUCAGAAGGAUGGCAUUCCGUGUCAUCGUGGAGUCUGGUGCUGGUGUCGAUGCUGGCUUCUCCGACGAAGAGUACAGAAGAAAUGGAGCGGAGAUUGAACACAACGCCGAAGGAGUCAUCCGGGCUGCUGAGGUGCUGCUUCGUGUGUCAGCCCCAACACCUGAAAUGGUUUCCCGUAUGCCUAGAGACAAGGUGUUGAUCAGCUACCUCUUCCCUAGCGUAAACACUCAAGCAUUGGACAUGCUCGCUCGUCAAGGAGUCACAGCCCUUGCUGUGGACGAAGUGCCACGUGUCACCAGAGCACAAAAGCUAGAUGUCAAGUCUGCAAUGCAAGGCCUCCAGGGCUAUCGCGCAGUCAUUGAAGCAUUCAAUGCCCUCCCAAAGCUCAGCAAGGCAUCCAUCAGCGCUGCUGGCCGUGUUGACGCUGCUAAAGUCUUCGUCAUCGGUGCUGGUGUUGCCGGUCUGCAAGCUAUUUCAACUGCCCACGGUUUGGGUGCGCAAGUUUUCGGUCACGAUGUGCGCUCGGCAACACGCGAGGAAGUUGAAUCUUGCGGUGGAAAAUUCAUUGGCUUGAGAAUGGGAGAGGAAGCUGAAGUCCUCGGUGGCUAUGCACGCGAAAUGGGUGAAUCAUACCAAAGAGCCCAGCGCGAACUGAUUGCAAACACAAUCAAGCACUGCGACGUCGUCAUAUGUACCGCUGCUAUCCACGGAAAGCCGUCUCCGAAGCUUAUUUCACGUGACAUGUUACGCACGAUGAAACCCGGCUCUGUCAUUGUGGACCUUGCAACCGAAUUCGGCGAUGUGCGCGCCGGCUGGGGUGGAAAUGUUGAGGUUGCCCCCAAGGACGAUCAGAUUGUAGUUGACGGCAUCACAGUCAUUGGACGCAGACGCAUAGAAACCAGGAUGCCAGUUCAGGCUUCAGAGUUGUUCUCCAUGAACAUGUGCAACCUUCUGGAGGAUCUAGGUGGUGGCAGCAACUUCCGUGUCAACAUGGACGACGAAGUAAUCAGAGGACUGGUCGCUGUGUACCAAGGCCGCAACGUUUGGCAACCCCCUCAACCCACCCCUGUCUCAAGAACGCCCCCACGCAGCAUGCAGAUGCCACCUGCACCAAGUGCCGGCGCCGCACCUGCAAGGAUUGGAGGUGCCUUUGCACAGGCCCUGGCUUCGGAUGCAUUCUUUGCCAUGUGCUUGGUUGUUGCCGCCGCCGUCGUGGGGCUUCUUGGUAUUGUUCUCGACCCCAUGGAGCUCAAGCAUUUGACUCUUCUUGCAUUGUCUCUUAUCGUUGGCUACUACUGCGUUUGGGCUGUUACCCCUGCACUGCACACGCCAUUGAUGUCCGUGACAAACGCCCUGUCAGGAGUUAUCGUCAUCGGCUGCAUGCUGGAAUACGGCACCGCACUAAUAUCUGGCUUCACUCUUCUGGCUAUCAUUGGAACCUUUUUGGCUUCCGUCAACAUUGCUGGUGGAUUCUUUGUCACCCACCGCAUGCUGAAGAUGUUUCAGAUUUAA